AUGGCUAGUUCCGGGAAAGAAAUAUCUUUUUGGCAGAACGGUUUCGGAACGUUUGUUUGCCCAUCCUCUUUUGCUUGUAACUCAGCUGACGAUGUGCAAGCUGGACAAAUCGAAAUCGCAGAUAAAUCAGUUUCAAGACGGCAUCUUACAAUAGACAUUGGAACCGUUGGUCCUGAUGAUUGCGGAAAUUCCAAAAGCCGAUCAAAAAUCACUCUGAACGACCUCGACACCAAAGUUGGUACUAUUGUGAACGGAGUGCAAAUUAAGGGAAAAGGUGACUUUGAGCUGAGCAGUGACAUGAAUGAAGUAUGCAUAGGUAGAUACAAGACUUUGUUCCGCAUCGCUUGGUAUCCCGUUGUAUUAUCAUUUUCGUUCUCUUCAAAAGAGUUGAAAGCCAAACCUCUCGAAACGCUUUAUGCAACAUUUGGCCCACUCGACAUUAAAGUUCUGACUGAAUAUGAACGCGAUGCAACAACUCAUGUUGUUGUCAAGAAGCGCAAUACGGCUAAAGGACUUCGAGCUUUGAUCAAUGGAAAGUAUAUUGUAGAUAACGAUACAUUUAUCAAAGCAAUUGUUGAUGCUACUAUUCCAGGGCUGGAUGGUACUUCUUUGCAGGAAGAUUUCGAAGGAAACUUUCCGGAUGCUGCUCAAUACCUUCCUGAACGCGGCUCAGAACCUACAGAUGAGCCAGCAAGUGCUUAUGCUCCCGACCCAUCAAGGGAAAGUAUGUUCGAUGGUUAUACUUUUGUGUUUUACGAUAAAGCCCAGUUCGAGACUCUCCUAGCACCUAUUACAGAUGGACGGGGUAAAGCUCUUUUUCGUGAAGUCACACCUUUACAGACGCCGGUCGAUGAGUUUGUAAGAUACGUAAAAAAUGUGGCAGGAGAGAAAGGGGUGGGUGAAUUCGAAGAUGGAAGCGAGGGAAAAGGCGUUGUGGUUGUGGGAUUCUAUCCAAUGAAAGGAGAUGGUGUUGAAUGGUUCCAAGAUUUCGCUAGGCAACUUGCUCUAAAUCUAGAUCAACGACUUAUUGUGCAGAGUGAAUUCUUGGAUGCAAUACUUAAGAAGGAUGCAAGUCUAUUAAGGAGACCUCUAGAGGUCGAGAUAUCUGGGGUUGUUGCUUCUACACCUGCUCCUAAUUCUAGCCCGUUUGCACCAUCUAACACUACUCCGCCUGGUGCAUCAAUCACAGCUUCGAUUCCCAAGGAUGCUGUCUCACAGGAUACUCAAUUUCGAAGAGGCAGAUCAAGAAGAGCUGUAACUAGUCGUUUCAGUGGAUUUGACGAUGACGACGAUGAUGAACCUCUAUCUGCUCCUGCCUCUCUUGCUCCCAUACCUGAAACUAUGGUAAUGACACAAGAAAUCCCUGAGGAAUCCCAAGGUCUUUUCGUCUCUCAAGAUCCCAACCGCGAACCUGAUAGCUAUCGCGCCUUUUCCCAGUCCGUUGAACCCGAAAAGCCAUCUCAAUCAACACGAGCAACACGAGCAACACGAUCAAGUAAAAAAAGACCUGCACCUCCUAUCGCCCAAGAGAAAUCAUACAUGGAUAGUUUCGCGCCCACCACCGCAUCUUUCAAACGACAACGUCGAGAAAGAGGCGAACCAACACCACCACCUCAAUCAAUUAAAAAAGAAGUUGUAGCCCCUGAGCCAGUACAGAAGAAAGAAAGGAAAGAAGUCGACAUCCUAGCCCUGGCAGGGCAACAACGCGAACGCGCUGAAGCUGCUGCAAGAGCUGAAGAAGAAUCAUUAAAACAAGCUGUCUCCACAAUUGAUGUUGAGGAAAUGCGCAGGUUGACAAUAGUUGAGGAUAUGAAAGUGAAACGUUCUAAGCCAGCACCGAAAACAACGCUACAUGUAGAUGAAAGUGAGAGAUGGGAUGAUAAAUGGAACGGACGAAAGAAUUUCAAGAAGUUUCGCAGAAGAGGUGCGGAAGAUGGGCUAGUCAGAGCUCGCGCUAGGGUUAUUGUCCCGCUUGAGGAGGUUAAGAAGAAGGAUCAUGGAUUUGGAGAUGAUUACUGGGGAUUAGGCGGAGAUGAUAACGACACACAGCGAAGAAGAAAGAAAGGUAAAGCAAAAGAAACACAAGAAGAAACCCAGGAGAUCGAAGAACCCAUCUCAUCGUCUCGCUCCAAAGCCAAAGCUAAACCCAAAACAAAAGCACAAGCACAACAACGAGAAAUCACAUCCGAAAACGAAGAUGAAGAACUCCCUGAAAAUCUAAUGCAUGCUCGCUCUCGCUCUCGCAUCUCAAGCGAACAUCCAGAAUUUAUCCCCGAAUCAGACGAUGAAAAUGAGAAUGCGGAUAAUGUUAAUGUUAAUGUUAAUUCAAAUAUCUUCCGUCCUACUCCAACAGCUACAAUUACAGCUACAGCUACACCUGUAUCCACAACACGCAGCUCGAGAGCAUCAACGACAACGCAGGGUUCUGGUUUGAGAAGUGGUUUGCGGGGGACUGGGACUGGGAAUGUGAGGGGAAAGGAUGGGGAUAGGGAUACAAGUGUUGCGGCGAGUGGUGGGGAGAAGAGGGCAGCGUCGAAUACGCUUGUCAAGGGUGUUUCUGCUAAGAGGAGAAUGCCGCCGGUUAGGAAGGUGCAGAGUGAGAGUGAGGAGGAGGAUGAGGAUCGGUUUAGGUUUAGGUAG